UCUGAGCAGAGAGCAGUGAGAGGCCACAGGACCAGGGGAUCCACGGAAACAGAAAUCACAAACUCCCUCAAACUGAAACAUUUGGGGAUUUUCUGUGAAGUCAGGAGUUUGUCCUGUGGAAGAACGGACCGGCUGCUGGUCACCAUGUUCCAUUUCAUCUGGGUGGCUCUGCUGCUGACCGUUGCAGAAACAGAACCGAAGAAUAAGGAAAAGUCCUGCUUGACUUCAAGUGACAGAACUUUAACAGCAGAGGCUGAACUCUGUGCUGUUGUACCGUGUUUGACUGGAGCGAAUUCUGAUGUCAGUGUAACAAGGCAUGGCAAAUCUGAAAAACGCUGUGACAUGACAAACAACAAAGACAACCCAAACAACUGCAGAAUCAUCAUGAAAGACCUCUCCCAGCUGGACCCCGGAUCAUAUCUGCUCAAAAUCUCUGAGAUCAGUCAGAAGCCCACAGUGGAGAGUUCUCUCCUGAGAGCAGGACACCAUGCCACUCUGACCUGCACGGUCCUCGGUCUCAGCGAUAAACCUGUUUCUAGUAUCGACUGGACGUGGAGCGCUGCGGGAGGGAACAUCUCAACCAUCGAGGGAACCAAGGAAACAAAUAAGACUGAGAAUCUGACUGACAAAGUACAGAGACACAGCUCAACUCUGACCUUUAAGGUGUCAGCUGAACACCAUGGUACAAAUGUCUCCUGUAAAGUCAAGUUCAGUGAUGGCAGUACUGCAGAGGAGAAUAAAACCCUCAGUGUCUCCUCAUUUUCAGGGAUCCUGAACGCCUCUGCAUGUCAGCGGCAGUCGGGCGUGCUGACCUGUGUGUGUGUCAGUGAGGGCUUUCCACUGCCCACCAUCACAUGGCCGCAGUUAGAGAAGCGUACAGACUACUCUGUACUGACCACCGUGUCCAACAACACUGUGAAUAAUACCGUCACCGUGUCUGAGAAAACAAACAGCCACGCAACCUUUCAGUGUGUCAGCAGUAAUGGGGCGAACGAAGUCAGAAGAGAUAUCACAGUCACAGAAUCUGAGGCACAACAAAAAGUUCCAGAUCUUCUCGCAGAGCUGUGGAGGAUUAUAAAACAGCUGGAGGUCAUCGUAGCGUUUUUGAUUGGCUUACUGUUCGGGAUAAUAUUUUCAUCAUUCCUCACAUGUUUGGCAAGAAAAUGUCGAAGACAGAAGCUGAAGCCUGGCAGACUGACGGAGGACUUAGAGAUGAACACCCACGCUGUUCAGAUGGAAGUGUGUCACGCAGCUGAAGAUGAAGGGACGGAGGAAGCUGGAAUGAUGGCUGCUGGGCCGUCGGCACCCGAGGGUGACGUGAGGCCCAAAGAGGUGGAGUACUCCCACAUCGACUUCUCCCUGCUGAAGGCCAAGAAUCCCGCGGAGGAAGAUUUGACACAAGGCGCCACCGAGACGGAGUACGCUGAAAUCAAAAAGGAAAUAAGAGAGGAGGGGGAAGGCAAUGAUGGAGAAGGGAGUGAGGAGAUGAGGGAGGACGAGCGGACCACAGAGGACGGAGGCGAGCAGGACACUCUCUAUUCCAACGUGAAAGAAAUAAUGGAUGAAUGAAAUGUGAGGACGGUGUACAGUGGCUGAGCUUCUCUUUAAACUAUUAGUGAAGAAAGUAGAGUAAGACGUGCACGGUAAGAAUUUUAGAUGAGGAUGGAUGUAGUGCAGUGAGGCCUGAGGAUAUUGUAUUCUUUGUCUCUUUUCUUCUAACUGGACACUCCAUUGUCAAACCAAUUCAAUUUGAACAAAAGGUUGGAAAGGUAUGGGAAGUCAAAAUUGGACACAAGUGGCCUUGAUUGCUUUGAGGUUGUCUGAAAUAUUCUGCAAAGAUAUUUGCAUAAAUCUUAGAAUUGAGAUCAGAUUGGCUUCCUUUUGGUCUUUAAGGUUCCUGCUUUUGUAUGUUGGCGAGUGGGUGGAUCCACCAGUGUUUGGCUUCACUGUAAUGCUUUUUUUAAAUACAGCAUUUCUUUCUGUGAAUCUCCAAGUAGCAAAAAGUGAGAACUUUUUGUUGUUUCAGUUUAGUAAGCUCAUCGUCAAGUUUAUGAUAUGAUGGUCAGCUCAAAAGAGCCACGAGAACUUAAGAAAAUGGGAUGGAAUGAAGAGCAGCUUAUUUUGUAAAAACACACAAAUAAAAAAAAACUAAGAAAAAAGCUUUUUUUUUUUUAGGAUUGUUCAACAGAAAAAACCUGUGAUGUGUUCAGAUUUUUGGGUUCUGUAUUAUAUUGACAGGAAGUUCACUUUUCUUCUUUUUUUGAGCAAUAAAAGCGCUUUAACCAUAAAAAUCACAUUUUUUUUCUGUCAUGUGUUAUGGCAACCUUAAUCUUUUUCAAACAUGUGGCACUCAGCUCAUUUUUACCUUUUAUUAAUUAAUUAUCUGAAACUUAAAG